AACCAGAAUCAGCAAAGUCAAUCAUAUAUUAAAACUAAUUCGUGUCAGAGAAGUAGAAGAAGCCUCUUCCUCAACUAAUUCAUCAUAUCAUAUCAUCUAUAUCCUAAAGCUUGAUUCCUUCUAUCACAAAAAAGAAAAAAGAUCUUCAAAAUGUUAUGCUCUUGACGACUUCACCCAGCAGCGGCAAGCAAGGCCAUACUUUGGCCUUUGAAUUGAUCCUCGUUAGGCUUGGAGAAAGGCGUUCGUAUUCAAGUUCUGGUAAGGGGAAAAGCCGUGAGGGUAUGACAAAGUUCGGUUUCAGCCUAGUUAAAGGGAAAGCUAAUCAUCCUAUGGAGGAUUAUCAUGUCGCUAAGUUCAUGCAGAUUCAUGAGCAUGAGUUAGGGCUUUUCGCUAUCUACGAUGGUCAUUUGGGAGAUGGUAUUCCUUCCUACCUACAGAAGCAUUUGUUUUCCAAUAUCCUAAAGGAGGAAGAGUUUUGGGUUGACCCAUCCAGAGCCAUCUCCAAAGGUUAUGAGAAAACAGACCAAGCAAUUCUUUCACAUAGCUCAGACUUGGGUCGUGGCGGAUCCACUGCUGUAACUGCAAUACUGAUAAACGGAAUAAGGUUAUGGGUGGCAAAUGUUGGAGAUUCUCGUGCAGUUCUUUCAAGAGGGGGUCAGGCAAUACAGAUGAGCACAGAUCAUGAACCCAGCACUGAACGAGGCAGCAUUGAGAACAGAGGUGGAUUUGUCUCAAAUAUGCCAGGAGAUGUCCCCAGAGUUAAUGGACAACUGGCAGUUUCACGUGCUUUCGGGGACAAGAGCCUUAAAUCACAUCUGCGAUCAGAUCCGGACAUUCAAAACACCAAUUUAGAUGACAAUACAGAUAUUUUAAUCCUUGCAAGUGAUGGCCUUUGGAAGGUGAUGAGCAAUCAGGAAGCCGUUGAUAUUGCAAGAAAGAUUAAAGACCCACUGAAGGCUGCGAAACAACUAAUCGCCGAAGCAGUUCAUAGGGACAGUAAAGACGACAUAUCUUGCAUCGUCCUUAGGUUUAGGGGAUAGAAUUGGUUAGCUCAUAGAUCACAUUGCUCUUUGUUUGCAGUAUAUACCUGAAAUAAGAGUUUGUUUACACAAGAUGCCAGUUUGUGGAUUAAACCUACAUGAAAAUACAUACCUGCAUGGGGUUAUCCUUCAA